UUGUUUUUUCAUUAAAAGUGAUAAAUUAAAAAAUUAUUUAGUGUAUAUUAUUUGUUUUUUUACGUUAUAAAAUUACAUUUUGAUUAAAAAAUGGUGAAAACUUGUUCAGUGCUUAGUUGUGAAAGUGGGAGAAAAAAUGCGCGUAAAAAAAAUAAUGAUUGCAAUCUGCGUCAGAUUUCUUUAUUCAAAAUUCCAAAGGAUCCUGAAAAAUUAAGGAAAUGGAGCUCAGGGUUAAAUCAAGACUUAACUGCCAAUAAGUUUAUUUGUGAAUUACAUUUUUCAAAUGAUGAUAUUAUUAAAAGAGAUACCGUAGAAUUAUUUAAUAGUGAUAUUUUUGUAUCUGACCGAAAAAAGUAUACAUUAAAACCAAAUGCAAUUCCAACAAUAAUUAAAAAUAAUACGUCUUUAGAACGCAGUGAUUUACCGUCGAAUCCUAAUAAUAAUGUUUCAACGCUUGAAAAUUCACCUCCAAGGACUUCUAAAGAUGAAACUCUUGUUGGUUCUCUAGAUUUUCAUGUAGAAGUGAGUCACCAAGAUACUUCCGCCAGUACUCCUAAUCUUAAUUACGAGCUUCCACCCGAUUCUCUAAGUGAAAAUUUAAGUACAGAAGAUACUUUAAUAAAAUUAACUAUUAUGGAAUUAAUCGAAAUUUUAAGAACUAAAAUGUUACCUGAAAAAUGGAGCUGGGCCAGUGACGUAAAGGAUUGUCAUAAAGUUUAUUUAUUUUAUGCAGAUCCUAAAUCUCUUUCGUUAAAAUUUCACGUUAAAAUUGAUGAGGAGUUUAAUAUUACGUUAACAAACAUAAAAACCAAUAAAUCAACUGGGAUAUCAUUUGAUCUGUUGAUAGUUGAAGAUUUUUGGGACUUAUUGAAACAGUUACAAAGCAGUGUUUUUUGUGAUGGUACAGGAUUUGAUUCUGAAAGAUGUUCUUUAAGCUGUGUAAAUAUAUUAACUGAUGAGAAGCAUCAACACUAUCAAGGUAUUAUUCGAUGCCAGUCUUGUCGUGUUUUGAGACGCCAACUACAAAAUCGUCAAAAUAAAUCUACUAAGGACUUGAAAUUGCAAUGUAAUAAUUUGAAACAGCAAUUGAAAUUGCAGAAGCGAAAAUCCGCACGCCUGCAGCGAAAGAACAUAGAGUUAUCUCAAUUGAUAGAUGAGCAAAAGUUGAAAUGCGCUGCUGUUGAAACUGAAGUAAUUGAAAAAGCGAUAGCUGAUUUACCUGAAGUUCAACAAAAAGCAGUACGAGCUUGUUUUGAUUGUGCUAAAUUAAAAAACUCCAAGCUAAGAAGAUAUGAUGUCGAAUGGGUGUAUGAAUGUCUACUAAUGCGAAUCAAAAACUCCGCGUUGUAUGAUCGUCUGAGAGAAAGACAAAUUUUACCGCUUCCAUGUACAUUUCUUAUUGAUGAAGUAGCCUUGAGUGAAGGGGUGAAAUUAAAUUCGCGAACGAUGAAAUUUGAUGGUUUUGUCGACUUAGGAGAUCAUACACCACAAAAGUACUUAAAUACAAGAGCUGACCAUGCUCUUGUAUUCAUGUUUCAGCCGUUUCAAGGCGACUGGGUACAAGUCGUUGGAAGCUCUUUAAGUAAGAAUUCUGUUACCAGUGAUAUUUUACAUAAGCUAAUAACAGAAUGCAUACUGCUGCUUGAAAAAGCUGGUCUUCAAGUUGACUGUGUGACUACUGAUGCUGCACAAUGGAAUAGAGGUGCCUGGAAAAUAUUUGGAAUAGAUGACCAAAAAUUCAGUUGUGAGCAUCCUUACGAUGCUAAUAGAAGGUUAUGGUUUGCAUCCGACUUCUGCCAUUUGUUGAAAAAUUUUAGAAAUGGAAUAAUUAAACUUCCGUGUUUUUGGACUCCUGAUGGUAUUGUUAAAAUGCUCCAUUGGGAAGUACUCCUGAAGCUUGAAGCGUAUGGAAAAAUGAAUAUGAAAAUAGGUUUCAAAUUAUCUCCAAGUCAUUUGAAACCGGAGGGAUUUCAAAAAAUGAAUGUGUUACUUGCAACGCAGUUAUUUUCGCGUCAGUUAAGAGUAGCAAUGUCGAUUUACAAAAAUGAUAAUUAUGAACUCCACGAUUGUGAACCAACUAUUGCUUUCAUGGCGAAAGUGGAUAAUUUAAUAAAAGCAAUGAGCUCUCGAACACCUGAAAAUGGUUUACGGCAAAAUGCUGAUUGUCCGAUGAGAAAGCGGAAAGUUAAAAAUCACUAAACUGCAAAAAAUUAAGUGCCAUUAUUGAUUUCGACCAGUAUCUUCGUGAUUGGGAAAAGAAAGCUAAUGAAGAGAAACUUAAAAAGAAACGUAACAAGAAAAAGUCUAACGUGGAGAAUACUGAAGAUUUCGUAGAAGAAUUUGAUUUUCCUAUCACAACUAGUACGUUAACUGGCUUUAAAAUUACGUUAGGAACCACUCUAGAAUUAUCAAAGUUCUUGUAUGAUAAGUGUAAUUUUAAUUAUCUCAUGACAUCACGUUUAAAUCAAGAUGCUUUGGAGAAAUUCUUUGGUAUCAUGAGGUCAGCUUGCGGAUGUAAUGACCACCCGGACCCAAUUCUUUUUGGUCAAGUCUUCACACUUCUCUGUAGUUAUUCUCUAGCUACACCCCCAAGAGGCUCUAACGUAACUGGUGGUGAAUUACUAUCCUCAUUAAUGCAAACAAAAGAAUCAUUAGCUGCAUCUAACUCUAAUAAACAAAUUUGGCUCCAAAAAAUUGAUUCAAUUGUCGAAAAUGGUAUUGCCACUGUACAUCGAAGUUCCAACUACGAAAAAUCUGAUACUGGAUAUUUACCUUUCGAGCACUGGGUCGAUGAUUCAACUAGCGAUAGUGAUGACAGUAUUAAAACUUCAGACAAGUGUUAUAUUGAACCGAAAACCGUAAACUCUUCAAAUAAUAAUAAUAAUAAUAAUAAUAAUAAUAAUAAUGAUUGUGAUCUUAAUAAUAAUUGUGAUCUUAAUAAUAGUAGUGAUUAUAAUAGUGAUAAUGCUGAUGAUCAUAAUAAAGGUGCCGAUAUUAUUAAUAAUACAAACACGGCUAGAUAUAUAAAUAACACAAAUGAUGAUGCCGAUGAUAUUGAUGAUGAAGAUGGUAAUAAUAAUAAUAAUAAUAAUUAUUAUUAUAAUAAUGAAAGUAGCAAUAAUUAUAAUUGUAACCAUAACGAGAGUGUUGAUGAUGAUGUAAUUUUUGAUCACGAUUACGAUAUUACACAUACUAGUAAUUAUGUCGUCGCAUAUAUCGCUGGAUUCAUGGCAAGAAAAGUAAGUCGUUUCACUAAGUGUUUAGAUUGUACGGAAAUGUUAACUUCUACAAAUCCAACCGAUCGUGAUAGAAUGAUAGAAGAAAUGAGUGAUGGAAACUUAAUUUUUCCGAGUGAAACUUUAUUUUUGUUAAUUAGACAAUUAGAAAAUCAAGUAUUAACAGUAGUAGGCACCAAAAACUUUACUGCUAAUACUAUGUUUCAAAUUUUACAAAAAAUUUCGACCAUAAAUGAUUUACCUGUUGUUGGGUGCGAAAAACAUUGUAAACAGUUUAUGAUUAAAAUAAUUAAUAAUUUCAUCGUUAUGAGAGGACAUUUUUUAACAGAUUUCUUUAAUAGAAACAUAAAUAAUCGUCAAAUAAUGACCAAACGAAUGCGUAAAUGUGCCAAAAAGUAAAAUUCUACUUCAUUUUUUGUUUUAUAGAUUUUAACUCUUAAAAAGCAUUUAUUUAUUUAUUUUAUACUUUGUAACAGCUUUACCUGCUCAAU